UUCAGAUUCAGAGCAGUUGAGAUGCAGAGACUUUUCUAUUAAACGAGAUGAUGGCGAUGACUUCAGCUGCACAUGUGCUGCAUGAAUGAACUGAACACUUGAACACUUGCGUGCAGCAGCUGAAGACAGAUGAGAACUACUCUUGGAAAAAUAGGACAUCGCCUGUAUUCGAAUUUUUAAAGCUUAUGACAGUGACAUUUUCCAUUUUAUAUCGGGGUUGACGAUCGACUUCGUAUUGAGAGCAAAAAUGAAGGUGAAAUCUAGAGAUGAGAGUUUUAAUACUUCUGUUGAAUUGGAUGGAUCCAGUGACCUGCUGACAGGUAACCCUCCUUCAGGCCAGGGGAAAAAGAACUUCAAACAGCGUUUCCUCAAACUUCUGCCCUGCUGUCAUUUGGACCCCAAACCAAUUGUCAGGCAAAGCAACAUAGAGGACGAUUUUGAACUCGCCACUGUCUGCUACAGGCCAGAGGGUCUGGAAAAACUCAUGGAACAGACCAAAUUCAGCAGAAAUGAGCUGCAGAUCCUAUACAGAAAUUUCAAAAAUGAAUGUCCCACAGGAGUAGUAAAUGAAGAGACCUUUCAGUUAAUCUUCUCUCACUUUUUUCCUCAGGGAGAUUCUAGCACAUAUGCUCAUUUCCUGUUUGAGGCUUUUGACAGACACAAGAAUGGAACAGUGAAUUUUGAGGACUUUAUGAUUGGCAUGUCAAUCAUUUUGCGUGGUACGGUCACUGACAGACUGUGCUGGGCGUUUAGGCUGUAUGAUCUCAAUAAGGAUGGCUGCAUCACUAAAGAGGAGAUGAAUGAUAUUAUGAAGUCUAUAUAUGAUAUGAUGGGGAAAUGCACAAAUCCAUGUAUGAAGGACAGCGCUCCCAAAGAGCAUGUAGAGAGUUUCUUCCAGAAAAUGGAUCGCAAUAAUGAUGGCAUUGUCACUAUGGAGGAAUUCCUGGAGUCAUGUCAAAAGGAUGAGACCAUCAUAGAGUCUAUGCAAUUGUUUGACCACGUCUUUUAGCUCGAUGAUGCCCUUUGCCGAACUUUCUGGAAGCAAAACAGUCUGUUGUGACAUUGAUUCAGUGACUGCCUCCAUCUUUUACUUACAAGAAAUACUGACAAUGUACACCUGAAUACAUUUAAAUUAUGUUGAGAUUUUACAAUAAGUUAUAUCACUGGUCUUACCAUGUUUUCUGCUAUGUUUCUAUAUAUUUAUAUUGUAAUGACAUAUUUUAAAGUCAGUUCAUCCUAAAAUGCUCUGAAUCUGAAUUAUGAAAAUAAAUUGCAAAAUUCAGUUUAACUGUCAUCAAUUUUCAUGUCAGAUAUUGCCAUUCAAUUAAUUUUAUUUUGUUAUAGAUUGCUAAUUAAUAUUGUAUACACACAAUUGACUAUGAAUAUCACGGACGAAAAUUAUAGUAAUAACUUUUCAUAUGUUUUGAAAUGCAUUACUAAAAAUGUUUGUGGUUAUUUGUAAUGUGUAAUGUGGAUUUGUCUUCCGAAUGCAUAUUUAUAAAAUCCUUGCUGUGGUUUAGUGAAAACAUAGUCAUUUUUACCCAUUCUUUUACCCAUUCUUUACAAGAUAUACACUAUAUCUUGCAUAAUAUAAUUGUUGAAUCUUUUUUCUGGA